AUGAAAUCGAUGACAUCUGUUACCUCAGCAUCUGAGAUUAAGAAAAUCGGUCGAUGGUCGUUACCCAACUGCAAUCUCAAGGUUGAGAAGAAUUUGCCUGGAUAUUUUAGACAACAAAUUGAUAAUUAUAAAAAUUGGCAUGAUAAAGUUCUAGGGAUUAAUGAUGAUGGUCUCACACAUCUUAGAAUGGAUUUAAAGCGCAUUAUACUAUGGAGAGGUCGGCGUUCAAGGGCCGUUAAACCAUUGAGAUCUAAAAGUAAAAACCUUCGGGAUAAAAUUGUUGAGAUAAUAUCGGAUAUAAUGACGCUUGGAAUAAUGACUUCGCCAGAUCCUGUUAUCCAAGCUUUUAAAGAAUUAAUAAUUGCGAUAUGUGACCAAAAAUAUUUUGAUGAUGAGUUGACUGAUAUUUUACGCACGCUGUUAUUUAAAAAAGAAAGCGAAGUUUGUUCCACGUCAGAGGAGGGCUCUAAUAAAGAAAAUGAAUCUCUUGAUGUAUCAGAGGCCUCCGACCCUACCUCAACUUAUGGCGAAACAAAAGAGGAAUUGUCUUCUGUUCUACGUAUGUUUAGUGUUACUUUUAUAUUUUCUAAGCCUGACUCAGCUACACCUGCAGCCACACCACAACACUCAGCUGAGGUUCCUGUGGAAAUAGCAGAAAGUUCUACUAGUACUCAACCCGAACCGGCAGCCGAAGAGGAGGGGAACGAACACCAGAAUCCCGGUAGUAGCGAACAAAUUCGCAAUGGAAGAAGUGUUUGGUUGCAUCUUCCCAGAUUGACGGAGGAAGAGGAAGAAGAACUGUGCUACGUGUGUAGGUCUCCAGUAGGAGCCGAUGAGAACGAGCCGCUACUACAAUGCUCGAAAAAGGUAGCAGGUGCUAAAUGCACUACAAGAUUCCAUUACACUUGCGCUCGGAAUUAUAACGCUGGAGAAUUUAAUUUGGAUUAUAUGAAAACUUUAAUUGGUAAUUAUGUUUGUCCACUUCAUCAUUGUGACUUGUGCUGGUUCGAAAGAAAAAAGAACACUGCCACUCUAGGGAGAGUUUUGGAAUGCUCUCAGUGCUACAGGGCUUUUCAUGACUUGUGUCGACCGGCAGGUUCUAGUGUGACGAAGCAAGUUCGACAACGGAAGGCUGAAAAUAAUGUAGUAGAAUACAAUGUUGAUACCGUCGUUUGUCAUAUACAUACGAAAGACCCGUUUAAGAAACAAAACGCGAAAGGACAUUUACCAUUCUGUUGUGAAUGUGAAGAGAGAGGAGAAAACCCUUUGAUUCCUUGCUCUCAAUGCAUACGGUCAUAUCAUUGGGCAUGCCGAAGAGUAGAGCGUACACUUGGUAAUCGGUAUGAUGAGAGCGAUCCCUUGUGUGAAAGUUGUAUCCACGGAGAAUCAAUCCGCGUCAAUCAGUUCCUGAUUGCUAAAUUCAAUAAUGGAUUUUUCGCUUGCACAUCAGUAGCACUGAAUGAUUAUCCAGCUCAUUGCAAAGCCAAGGAUAAAUACGGUCACAAGUUGAAUGAACCCGGAUUCUUAGCCGUCAAAUGGGCUGGGUGUGCCAACUUAUUCUCUUUACUCCCUGCUCAAAACGCAGUUCCUAUGUUCUCCGGUUCUUUCGAGCUCAUAGGAAAAAAGAAAAAGGAUAAGGAUUAUAUCGAAGCUUGGAAACUGAUGGACGACAAGAUAUACACUCCGCGUCCAGUGUUCAAUGUACUCAAUGACAAGUACACUAAAAUAAGAACUUCCGCUUAUCAUGCUGAUUGUCCUAAGCCACGUCUGCAACUCGUCCAAGAGGAAGAAGUUAUGUGUGACUGUCCUCCUGGAGAAGAUCGCUGCGGUCCAAAGAGCAAGUGUCAGAACCGUAGCACUCAUCAAGAGUGUCCAGAAAGUUGUGAGCGAGUACAGGGCGGAUGUCAAAAUCGAUGUAUAUCAAGAAAAGCUGUGAAUCCUGGUAUAGUAUCUAAAGCCACGGAGCUCAAAGGAACUGGGGUCUUUGCUACGGCGACCCUUCCUGAGGGAGCUUUCAUUGCGGAAUAUGCCGGAGAAAUCAUAAGCUUAACAGAAAAACAACGGCGGAUAGAUCAAUCUGCUCAAUGUAAAAAUGAUGAAGAAAAGCAUUAUAUGAUGCAGUUGGAUAAGAAUCGAGUGAUCGAUUGUAAGUAUAAAGGAAAUGUAGCAAGGUUCUUAAAUCACUCAUGUGAUCCUAACUGUAUAGUUGAAAGUAUGGAUGUAGUUGUAAGUUCUAAUGGAAUGGGUAAAGGAUCCUCUGUUCGAUAUGAUCGACGUGUUGCCAUUUUCACUAGACGUGAAAUUUCUGUAGGGGAAGAAUUGUGCUUUAAUUAUGAUAUGCAAGAGUAUUCUGUGGGAACACCUCUCCCCGAAUGCCGAUGCGAAUCCAGUAACUGUACUGGAAAGCUUGGAAGAACUGAAUAUGACCGGAGGGAAAAGAAGGCUCGACCUCCUCCAGCAGAGCCAGAAGACAAAGUCAAGCGGCCUAGAAAACGAGCUGUAUCUCCAGGUGCAUCGACUGGCUCCCAAAGCAAGCGAAGUGCUCAAAUUAAUAACAAAAAGCCUAAAAAACUCGAUGAGAAACCUAAUAACAUCACUAAGGAAAUUCACCCAAAAGUAUUAAAAGCCGGGCCGAUCGAACGGAUUCGUACUCAGGGUGGCGUUAAUGAGAGUGAUUGCGAAAGCAUAGUUACAGAUGAUACUGCACCUUCCAACGCUUUUUCAAUCUCUUCAGACGCACUACCAGACACAGAGGCAAGGGAAAGUUGUGGUUUGACAGAUGGAAUGGUUGAUGUUGCAGGUAACUCCAGUAGAUAUCAACUUACACCCAACCGAUCACUUUGA